AUGGCUAUCUGUUUGCGUACGUUUUCACAUAAGAUUUUACCUAUAAAUAGCAUCUUUUCUACAAGAAAUCAUUCCAACCGUUUGUCCCGGAAAAUUCCAGUACGCACUCAGUUUCUGGAAGAUUUCCUCGAUUACCGGCGUAUCUCUAGUUGCCAGCAUGCAGUGAAAUGUGUCUCAGAAAACAGUGACAGUAUAGACCCUGACGAUUUUGUUAUAGCUAAAGGAGUAUUUGAUGUUUCAAAUAAUUCAUCAAAAGGAUUCUUCAAAAGAGAUACUGUCGAAGCCAAUUAUGAUAUAGAUAAUUGUAGCGAUAUACUAGAAUUUAAAUCAUUAGGUUUAACCUCAGAUGAUUUUGUUGAACAGAAAGCAGUUCAUUUUAAUUUGGAUAAAAAGCCUUAUAGUUUGAAUACUAUAGACUUCAGCAAAUGUAAAGAAGAUGUGGAACCUAUCUGUCUAUCAAACUUUGAGAGAGAUGCUAUAUUAUACUGCACGGCACCUACACUCCAAUCAACUGACACACAGUCAUCCAGUGAAGCUAAUCAAGAUGGCAAGCCCAGUGAAGAGCAACUUAUGAAAGUGUUUCAUGUCCUUUCCAAAACUAUGCCUGCGCUAUUUGUCAAGCCUCUGGAUUAUUCAAUUUACCAUCCCAAUCUGAUUUUUGUUAACAACAUCAGGGGUAUUACAACUGUAGGUUUAUUCCCGUAUGUACGGCAGGUAGCACUACUUCGCACAGUGGGUCAUUUAAAAUUUGCAUAUGUUAACUUUGAAGUUUUAAAAAUAACAGCACAUCCAGAAGAUUCUUCUAUUAAAAUGAGGUGGCGAAUCCGUGGCAUAUCUGGUUUCAAAGUGUUCUUUAUGUUCUGGAAGUACAAACUAUGGGAUAUGAAACAAGUUUUUAAGGAUCAAGAAAUGUGGUAUGAUGGGUUCUCAACAUUUUAUGUAGGAGGUGAUGGCUUUAUUCACAAACAUAUAGCUGACAAGGUAAUGCCAGACCAAGAUAGCAUUAUAGACGAUGAAGAAAAAGCACCAAUAGCAGCCAAAAUUGCUCUUCUAAUUGGGCUCAUUCCUAGAAAUUAUCUCUCUGAUGCAGCACCUUACUUCAGCUCAUCAUCUGGAACGACAGAAGCGACUCCGUUACCAUUUAAAGUUCUAGAAUAA